AUGUCCUUGCUGAACUUUUGGGAGACGCAGCGCCCCACGAAACGUCGGCGGACUUUUGAAAAAGAGGAUUUCAGUACAGACGCAGAUACUAAACCACCACCGAGUCCGAGUUCCUCGGUCACGGCAGGAGAGACUCCUGCAGUGGACGAUAUAGGGGUUAUUACCAACAGCCAAACAGAACUUGAGACUUCUCUUCCUGCGAUCAAGACCGACGAGGACGCGAUCGAGCAGUACGAGGCGUCACAGAAUGACUCUGAGUUGGGAUUACAUGUGAGGCUACGAGAUGGUGCCUGGCAGAAAGGCAAAAGCUCCAUCUAUGUGGAUGCAUUCAACCUGGCGCUGGAAACUGUGCUGGACGAGGAAGCGCAUCUUUUUAACGAAGCCGAAAUGGAAAUCUUUACGCAGUGGCGGGGGCUGUCAUACGAAUCCCAGUAUUUGUAUGUUCGACUAUUCCUCCGCAAGACCUCUGCAUGGCACCGUAUCAACAGGUUGAACUACUAUUCCGAUAUCUCGGAUUUAUCCUCUGUUGCUGGGGACCUACAGCGGGACCGGAGCCUGCCUGGUGCAGAACCCGGCGGUACAUACAGAUUCGCAGAAGGCAUAGAAGUGAUCACAACGCUGGAAGAGGCUUCAUCACUUCUACUGCUGGAAGAACUCAAGGUGUUUGCAAAGGAGGCCAAGGUCCAGGGCAAGAGCAAGAAAGAGCUGCUGGCGGCUCUUCGCGAAACGAGUCAGACCCAAACAGGACUCAAAGACGCAAACAACAGAGACGGAUAUUUUACUCAGAAGAUACUGGACUACACUGGUGGAUGUAUCAGGAUUUCGUCAGUGCCUCGCGCUCUCUUCGAGCGAGUACACCUAGUAUUCUAUCGUUCAACAGAGUGGACCGAGAAGUCCCUCACAACGAUCAUCCUAGCCAAGAUGACCAAAAGAAAUUUUCCUGAAUAUAUCGUCUGUCGCUCGAAUUCCAUCUUCCCCUCCAGAGAAGCGCUACUGGAAUUCGAAUCAGCAAUACAAACCCAAUUUGCCAUUGACAACAUCCUCGAAUUCAACGGCCCAGUUACGACCGACUCUCUCCAACAAAUCAUCGACCUUGCCAACAAGUCUUAUCCCCGAUGGAAAGAGCUAGUCGAGCAAGAGCAAAAAAAAGAAGACAGCAUCUACGAAAGCGGCGAAGGCGCAUACCUCCGCCGGUUCUCGCCGGCAUGGGUGCUCACAAGAAUCAUCCACAAGAGUCUCAACCCGCUCGGGCGGUUCAAGGAGCAUAAACGUGAGCACGAGGUGCUAGAAGAACUCCUGGCGCAACGUCUCUUCCACGCGGCGCGACGCGGCGCUUGGUAUCAACGAAAGGCACUGCUAGAGGAACACUAUAUGUGGGCGCUUACGCCUUCAGAGGAACGCAGCGAAGAAGCCCAGCGCAAGCAUUGGAAGAGAACUGCGCUGCGGACGUGUGAGGCCGGGCUGGAAGACCCGCUGUGCCAUCUUAUCUUUCAUUAUGACCUACAGAAGCGGAUCACGAAGCUGGAAAAGGCGCUACGGGUUGUCAAACGCGAGCAGCAUGAUUUUGGACAUGUCAUGCUAGGCAAGGCUGCUGAGCGGACAAUUGAAGGUAUCCGUAUUGAUACGGGUGAAGCUCCGCGGAAGGGGAAAGCUACUGUUUGGGUUGAUGAGAGAGAGGGUGGCGAGUGCAGGGUGGAGAGUAUGUGUCUGAGUUGGUACCGUGAUCAUGGAUGGAAGGGCUAUCACUCCGAGGGAGGGAUUGUGCGGACGCUGUUUGGCUACCUCUUCUACGAUAUCCUGUUCACAUACGUACCGAAUGUCUUCCAGACUGCCUUUCAGACGUGUCCGCUUGAUCUCCACACCGAUGUCUUCUACCCGUCUCGUGCAUCGGAAAUUAAUCACCGGCUUGUUGAGAUCACGAAUGGGGAUGCGGAGCGGAUCAUUCGUGAGGUCCAUUCUCGUGAGGCGGAGGCGCAGCCCUGCGCUGUUGGACUUGACUGGUCUUUCGGUUUAGAUGACUUGGUUGAGAUCGUGCAAUGUUUCCGGGGAGAGGCACUUGCUACCAUCUGCAAGGUUAUGGCUCAAGAGUACCAGCAGCGUGGUGGGGGAAUCCCGGACUUGUUUCUCUGGAACCAUGAAACGAAAACGGUGAUGUUCGCUGAGGUCAAAUCGGAGAAUGAUCGGUUGAGCAACACUCAGCGCCUUUGGAUCCAUAUCUUGUUGGCGGCUGGUGUCAAAGUUGAGCUUUGUAAUGCUGUGGCGAGGGAGGUGAGAGCCAAUUGUGAUCUAUAA